AUUAUAUACAAUCUAUUUUUAAUUAACAGUAAAUGUGCUCCGAAGGUGGGACAAUAUAAAUAUGCAUAUAUAUAUAUAAAUUGAUUAGAACUCAAAUAUUGUUUGUGGUAUCUCACAAGAGUGUAUUAAAGUCAAAUAAAAAAUCGACCAUGCAGCCUCCUGUAGCAGUAGGUCUAUUCUUAGUUCUCUUCAUUACUUCAGCUUUUGGAUAUCUAAACCCAAAGAGUUUUGGAAAAACAUUUGUUGUUAUGACAGUACAUGCUCAUCAUUUGUGUCAACUUACUACUGAUGUUUCACAAGAACUGAUAGACGAAGUUCGAGAUGGUAAAUUCCCAGAUAAUGAACCUUCAAUUCAGUAUUACACCCUAUGUCUAUGGUUGGCUGCUAAAGGACUAGACGACCAGCUGAGAAUAAGAAAAGAUUUGAUUCUUCCAUACUUGGAAGAAAUGAACUUAUCUCAAGACGCCAAUGUAUAUAUAACAUGUAAUGAAAACGCUUUGAAAUUAAAUGAAACAAAACCACACAAAAAAAUAUGGGAAAUGCAAAAAUGUAUACAAAAAAACAUCGAUGCGGAGAGAUAUAUAUUUUUCUAAAAGUAAACUAUGAAGAUCAAUUACAAACAAACACAUUCUUUUAAAUUAAUAUGUUUUGUAAAAUAAUUUUUGUAUUAAAUACAAUUCACAAACUAA